AUGCUCACGCCGUCACCUCUGAGGCGCUAUAAUCUCCCGUCCGCGGAGCCCAUGGACCUGGACGACGUCUUCCAGUCUCCGGAGGUUUCAUCAUCCUACACGUAUCUACCGCGACGAGCCCACCUAUCGCGGCACGACGAUGACGAGGGUGGCUCUUCUCUGGCGCCGCCGACUUCAUUUCCGCUUGGUCGCGCGAUGGCACCACCGACUUCGCCUCUUCCAUUCCGCACGCCUCUCCGCACACCAGUCAGGCGGUCUGCGCGGACCCAGGGAUCGCCGGUCCGUCCUGUCUUGUCCGAGAAGCCGGUGAAUGCGCUGCAUCCGAACAUCGAGCUGGGUGUAAGCCUAAAGCGCAAGCCGACGCCAAGCAUGUGCGCGACGCCGCAGCGCACGCGUGCGCUUACACCUCUGGCUAUCACGUCUGUGACCCCACGUGAGCAGGGUGAGUCGGGCGUGGUAGCAUUCGACCGUCUUGCACCACUGCCAGCGCCACGUUUCACGCCUCAGAAUACAGGCGACACGGACCUCAAGCGACAGGCAGAGACAAUGACGAUGCUUAAAAUUUCCGACCUCCGCCGUGCGGAAAAUGAAAGCGGGUACGAGUCAGGUCCCGAGGAGAUCGAAAGACGCGACCUCUUUGAGCAAGCCAAUAACGAAGAGGUCGCAGAGGCGAUCUCACCCGGCGGCCACAUCACGAAGCGGCGGGCGCGCUCACGACCGGUGUCGGCAGAACUAUUGGAGUCGGUGCAGAACACACCUGCCAUUUUAGAACAUCAGACUUCAACAGCCGCGCAUAUAUUAAGGACCGAGUGUUCAAGUUCUGUGGCGUUUCCUCCCACACGACCACGCCGUAUGUCGCACGGUUCGGAUACAUCGUCUGAGGCGGGUUCUCCCGUGCCCCGUAGCCGACUGACGCCUGGGACCUUGCAACGGAUCCGGACUCAGUCGCAGGGAAAGGGUGCCAUGAACAGGAUUGCUAGUUCUAGCUCGGCCACACAAUUCUUUGGGCCUCGGAUACCUCAACCAAAGUCCACUACGAAGAAGCCCCCUCGCAAGCCGAAUGUGGCGUUUGGCGCGAGCUCUGUCAAUCGUCCCCGAAUCUCCACCGCUGCACUGCAGGCACUCAGCCGUAGCGUAGGGGAGCGGCCGAAGGUGCUGAACAGGCACAGCUAUGCGGGCCCCGACAGCCCUGCUACUCCCGCGUGGCGCAAGACAAGCCACGUAAUCUCCUCGCCUGUUUCCUCGCCCGCCCCGCGUAAACGGCCAGAAGAGUCGUCCGACGAUGAGGACCUGUUCUUCAGUGGCCCUCCUGAGACGUCCUUUUCGUUCACGAAGGACACGCCCAGCCCAAAGAAGAAGCAGAAGCGCGAGACGCCCUCGCCAAUCCCAAAGAAGUUCAGGCCUCGCGACUCGGGUAUAGGGCUAUAUUCUAGUGAUGAGGAUGGCAAUGGUCCGCACCUUUUGCUCGACGAUGUAUUCAUGCCAUCUAUGCCGCAGGCGUCCACCUCUGUGAGCACGGUCAACUCUACCAGCGACGACCAGGCGCUUGUCACACCCAUUUCUGGGCCAAGUCCACACUCAGGGUGGCCUGGUACGGAGGUGGGGCUAGCCAGUGAUGACUCGGCGGAUGGCAUCGAGGCUUUCAUCCUACGCACUCUGACAGCCGGCGUCACCCAGACCUCUCAAGCGUGCAACGAGCCCAAGAGAGUUCCCGGGACACCAGUCAAGAAAAUCAAAACAGCGUACCUCGGCCAACGACCAUGGCAGAGCGCCGUCGCUUCGAAGAUUGGCAUUCCUGGCUUUGACGACGACCUGCCGCCAAAGGGUGGAAAGGCAAAGGGCAAGAAGCCACGGAAGAGUCUACCGGCGGCAUUCCCGAUUCUGGGCAAGGAGAACAAGACAUCACGGAAGGGCAAGACGAGAGGCGGUCUAUCUCGACUGGCGAUGGAGACUGACACGGAUGAGGAUGAGGAUGUCAGUCCUAGCACUAGGCGGGACGGCAUGUACGACGGCCUCGGACUUGGUCGCCCAUCCGGUGGUCUGCCAGGGUUCGCGCGGGCGAGUGGAGACGGCAAGGGCGGUAAGGGGCACUGGCUCAUGCGCAGGAGCAGUAGCGGUGCCUUCUCGAGUGGUAGCGAGACUUGUGGUUCCAACAGCGUGACGCCGACACGAGCAACGCCCAAAGGUACGUAUAUCUGGGGACUUCCGCCUCAGCGCCUACCUGCUCCUGUUUCACCCCUCAAGAACCGGCUUGACUUCUCCGGUGAUCAUACUACACCGUCUAUCUCAUCCACUUCAUCAACGGCCACUAACUCCCCCAGCGCCGAAGCGUCGAUGCGACAUUUGCGCACUGGCGCGUUGGCUAUGCCGCAGCCAACGCCAAUGCCACGCGUACCGUUGGGACGGAUGUCAUCCCCCAUGGAUGACGGGCGGUUGGGCCGGUUCGACCGUGACUUUAUCGAGGUAGACGAGCUGGGGAGAGGCGAGUUCGGGCGGGUGAUGAAGGUGCGAUACAAGGACCACGCACUCCGCCCUAGCCCGCGGGAGAUGGGUAAUGAAUUUUUCGCCGUGAAAAAGUCGAAACGUAUUGAGGGCUUCAAAUCGCGGCUACGGCUUCGUGAGGAGGCCGACAUUCUGGCACAUCUUGGAGCACGAGGCGGGCAUCCGAACGUACUGGCGUACAUCGACAGCUGGGAGGAAGACGAGGCGCUAUUCAUUCAUACGGAGAUUUGCGCAUUGGGGAACUUUGCCCACUUUUUGUCAGCAUAUGGACGGUCAUAUCCACGGUUGGAUGAGGGUCGGGUCUGGCGGAUCUUGGCUGAGCUGAGUGCGGGCCUGCGCUACAUUCACGAUGCAGGCGUCAUUCACCUUGACCUCAAGCCCGCCAACAUCUUCAUCACCGGCUCUGGACGGCUGAAGAUUGGUGACUUUGGCAUGGCAUCGUUGUGGCCCCGCCCAGCGCCCUCGUCUGAGGCCUCGAGCGGAUCUUCCUUUGAGCGAGAAGGGGAUAAGUUGUACCUGGCCCCUGAGGUUCUGCAAGGGCGGUACAGCAAGGCGGCCGACGUCUUCAGUUUGGGGAUGACGAUACUCGAAACAGCAACUAACAUCAUCGUCCCUGACCAGGGCAACGCUUGGCAUCGCUUGCGUCGAGAAGACUUCUCACAGAUCGACUCUAGUCUUGCAACGUUGAGCGCCGAGCUGCGAGAGCUGAUUCGAGGUAUGAUGCGUGCGGAACCUGCGCUACGCUCCGAUAUUGCCCUUGUCGCCAUGCAUACUGUCGUUUCGCGUGCCCGUGCCGCUAUGGAUGACAUCCGCGCGGUGGACGGUGACGUCUUUGCUGCUAGCCCUCUGGGCGGCGUCAGCAAGGGGUUCUUGAAUGAAAUUCUUGGUGGCCGUGGCUGGGUGGACAAUCGUAUGGAAGUUGGCUUAUGAGUGAGUGACAGGGGAUGCUCUUGGGUACUUACGUCGCGCUAUUAUGGAUCCAUCUUGAAUCUCCAA